CGGAAUCUCAGAAAGACUGACCGACUGACUCUGAUGGGAGCCAGGUCUGAGGGAAGGAGGCGGCGGCCAUGGAGUUGGGCGAGCUGCUUUACAACAAGUCCGAGUACAUCAAGACGGCAUCUGGGAACAAAGUCAGUCGCCAGUCGGUGUUGUGUGGAAGCCAGGACAUCGUUCUCAAUGGCAAGACCAUUGUGAUGAAUGACUUUAUUAUCUGAGGGGAUCUGGCAAACGUAAGAGUUGGGCGCCAUUGUGUUGUGAAAAGUCGUAGUGUCAUAAAGCCACCAUUCAAGAAAUUCAGCAAAGGUGUUGCAUUCUUUCCUUUACAUAUUGGGAACCAUGUCUUUAUUGAGGAAGAUUGUGUGGUCAAUGCAGCUCAGAUUGGUUCCUACGUUCAUGUUGGCAAGAACUGUGCGAUUGGACACCGAUGUGUGUUGAAAGACUGCUGCAAAAUUCUUGAUAACACAGUAUUACCUCCAGAAACUGUGGUCCCACCAUUCACUGUCUUCUCAGGCUGCCCAGGACUCUUCUCAGGGGGGCUCCCAGAGUGCACUCAGGAGCUGAUGAUUAAUGUCACCAAGAGCUACUACCAGAAGUUUUUGCCCCUGACACAAGUCUAGCAUCUCUGCCUCAUAUCUUGAAUUUGCUUGAGUUCUAAAAUGAAUUUGGGGACAAAGCGAGCCAGUCAACACCUACAAAGAGCUUUUAUGUCUUCAACAUAUACCCCUCCUUCUUUUAAAAAAUUCCUUGAGAAUUUCUCAAUCCUCAAGGCUCUAAGCUCUUAAGAAUUUACUAAUAGACCAUCUGGAGGAGUUAUCUUCAAAUGCUAUGCUUACACCUUAUCUAUGAACAGUCACUUUGUACCAUUAUCUGUGGAACACAGAAUCAUCUGUUCCCAACACUCCAGCCCCUUGGUCCUGUGAAUGGCUGGAUCCCGCCUGAAACAGACCUGCAGAGCAGCAGCACCCUUUCGGUGUGGAGGCUAUAUAGCUGAUGUGCUGCUCACAGCCAUACGCUGCCCAUGCUGAGCGCCUCUCACACAGGUAAUGUCCAGCUUUUCUUCUGCUAACACAAUUGGCCAGUUGUUGCAAUUGCUCAUAAUCCUGGGAAAAGGUGUUUGUGACUUUUCAGAGCCCAGAUUCCUCUUGGCUAUUAAAACUUGAAGGGAGGGGUGA